CUUCAUGGUUCGUAGCUCGACGCGUCUGCCACGAUGUUACCUUGCUGAUCUUCGCCCAGGCUUCACGAAUCUCGAUACGCAAGGAGGAGUGGGAUAGGCGCUUACACGAAGUGCAGGUCACGAAAGAUGACCUGAACCGCCUCAUCAUGGACUACCUCGUCAUUGAGGGUUACAAGUCCGCGGCGGUGGAGUUCAGCCAGGAGGCCAGCCUCGCUGCGCCAGUGGACUUCGACAGCAUCGAGAACAGGAUGAACAUACGCGAGGCGCUGCAGCGCGGCGACGUGGAGGACGCGAUCACGCGCGUCAAUGACCUCAAUCCUGAUACCCUUCGGAUCUUAGAUACGAAUCCCGCCCUUUACUUCCACCUUCAACAGCAACGCCUGAUUGAGCUCAUCCGCGACAACCGCAUUGACGAGGCGCUGCAGUUUGCGCAGAAUGAGCUGGCGCCUCGCGGCGAGGAGAACCCUGAGUUCCUCGCCGACCUCGAGAAGACUAUGACGUUACUGGCCUUCGAGUCGUCGCCGGCGGCACCUCCUGCCGUCUCGGAGUUGCUUUCCUCUGGCCAGCGUCAGAAGACUGCUGGUGAGGUGAAUGCUGCCAUCCUUGAGAGCUUGAGCCAAGGCAAGGAGGUUAAGCUUGUCGGCCUGCUCAAGCUGCUCAGCUGGGGCGAGUCGAUGCUGGAGGAGAGGGCUGAGUUCCCGAAGUUGAAUCUUCAGGAGGGAACUGUCACGUCCGACGAGGACGAUGGCAAUGGCAUGAAGAUUUGAGUUUCGCAUUUACUCUGUAUCAUAGCACCGCAUCGCAUUCAUUGUAAUGAACCAUACCAUCGUCGGAAUAUUAUUGUUGGAUAUCCUAUAUGAAGAGAGAUCUACUGUACAGCGAUAGGACACUCGCUGCCAGUCCUCAUUCCCUGGCUGCUCGAGCUUCUCGAAGGUGAUGGACUUGCCGGAGAGCAUGGUCUCAACGGUCUUGCCAGGAGUGAGAGCAAGGUCGGCUGUCUGCAGGAUGUCAGUCGCGUCAGGCAGGGAUUCGUGCGAC